AUGGAAGGGGGCACUUGUGCCCCCGACCCGGAAGAGUCAGCGAAAAUGCUGAACUUGCUCUCCGAGGUAGGGCUAGUAGGUUCCAAGCUCGCCGUGAGCCAUGGCACCGAGCAGUCCUUGGCGAAGCAGCUCACCGACCGGCUAGGGAUUGAUAUGAAGCCCUGGCAUACAACGUUUAUCGUUGGACAGGUUCGCGAGGCCGUUCAGAUGUCUGACCUUGAUGAACGGGUUACUGGCACUUCAUCAUCCAGGUCGAUGCAGAACCUGCUUGACGCGAGGGCAGCAGCGGAGAAGGAGAAGGUGAAGGCCCUCGAGCCUACCGGAGAUCAGCUUGUUGUGCCCACGGCGCCAAAGAGGGGCACACUGGGGAGGACGGUGAGGUUGAAGAGCGGGCGCAUUGCCGCUGAACACGAAGUGACUGACAAGAUCCUGGAGAGGUUGGUUACUGAGCUGAUGCAGUACAAGGCGCCUAUUCUCGACGAGAUCAAGAAGGCCAUGAACCCUACAAGGGCAAAAGAAGCUUUGAUAGGCAACGGGGCGGAAGAGAUGGGGAAGCCAGGCACGCGGCCCAACAGCGUGAUGCUCGUGGACUACAUGUAUGCCCGCGAGGAAGAAGGCAUGGGACCAUCGAUCCCGCUUGCUGUGAGCACUGCAGCGUCGUGGUUCGAGCGCACGGCAGGGACGCCGGAGGAGGACCAACUGAUGGGCCAGGCUUUUCCCCAGAUGGUCAUGAGGGAGCUGACGCGGAAGCUGGAACAGAAUGCACCCCCAGGCUGUUUCUAUGGCAUUGCUUAUGGCACCUCCCAUGUAACAUACGCGGAAGCGGUGGCUGGAAGCGCCAAGACGUUCGCACUGCUGGAAGGCUAUGGAGGACGGUUGAUUCCUUCAGGAUGGGAGAGGUUCUGGUCAGAGCAUAGUGAACGGGCGACAAUGCCCAGCGGGCUGGCAGCAUUGGGAGUGGAGAAGUCAGACCGUGAUCUGCUGGGCAGGUGUCCAGAAGGAUCUGACGUCUAUGUUCGGACCUACAACUCAAUCGUCCGGAAGAUGCAGAGGAAGAUCGUGGUGGUCCUGAGGGGUGAGAAGGCAUAUGAGGAGUUGGACGAGGGCUCCAUCCUUGAGGAGUUGAAGGAGCAGGGAGGGAGCGCAGCCUUUGUGGCACGGGGGUCAGUGGAGGAGAAGGAUGAGGGGAAGAGGGCGCUCGAAGCUGCAGGGACUGACAUCAAGUACCUCUUCUCCAGACAUGAAGUGACCCUCAAGAACCAGAAGUUGUUCUUCCACCAUGGAGUUACAACGCUCGAGAAGUUAUCGAACUUUGCCAAGGACCGAGAUGAUCUUGCAACAGUCCUCAAAGACCACUGGGAGUUGGACUCGAGCCGGACUUUGGAUGAGAGAGUGCAGGUUGCAGCGAUCACCUGCGCCUAUACCAAUGCCAACAAGGAGCCAGAGGGCCGCCGAGGAGAAUGGGCGGCAAUGCGAUCAGCAUUGGAGAAGCGCUACGGCCACUUGGAAGACAAGAUCUAUCCGUCGAAAGAAUUUGUUGAAAAGAAAUUGGCGGAGGUUGAAGGUGGCGAAUACCGGGCCGAAGAUCUGACUGAAGUCGUGUCGAAAGAAGAAAUUGAGCCGGAUUCUGUGGUGCCUAUUUGGGACUCCAAGGGCCGACUGGCGAGGCACCGAGGCUCGACGAAAGUCCCUGAACCGACAAACGCUGAAGAACUCAGACGGCGUCUGACCAUCUGGAAGAACGCCAUGGUUAUGAUCUCCCUGAAGCACUCGAACAGGCACGAACUACAAGGCGCAUGGGAGGAGACGACAGAGCAGUACAAGGACUACCUCCUUGUAGAUUAUGUCUACGGCUUGAGUGCCAAGGAUGCUGAAGGGCAGACCUUCGCCAGUCCGCCAUGGAAGUUGAUCCUGGCGUAUGAGAAGGCGAUCAGAAAGCAGGCGGCGAAGAUCACCAACACUGAGGGCAAGCCGCUCACCGUUGCUCUGAAGACAGCAUGGAAGGAUGCAACGAUCAAGGAGCGGAACUUCACGACGCCACUGGCACUCUAUGCAAAGAGGCCCCAACCACCAUGGAGAGAGCAGCCAACAACAAAGUGGGCUGCCACGGAGAGGGGAUGCAAAGGCAAGGAGAAGGGCAAGAGCAAGAAAGGGAAGAGCAAAGGAGGCAACCCUCAUUGUGCAACCCACACACCGGAUGGAGAUCUGAUCUGCUUCAGGUACAACACGCCCGGAGAGAAAUGCAAGCUCAGCAAAUGCAAAUACAAACAUGUGUGUGGGAUUUGCUACAGUGACAAGCACCCCCUCUACGAGUGCAAUCCUCGGAACAGGAAGGAAGCGACGGCCCCGGACACAGACGGGACCAAGAAAAGGCGCAAUUCAGUGGCUGGAUUCCUCAGGAGAUUAGCACCACGAUGCAAUGUCCAAGUGGAGAUCACGGAGUUGGACAUUCAAUCGGACCGCAAGUCAGAUUUCACAAUUCCAGCAAUUCAGAAGAAGUGGUUACAGAUGAUUGCCAAAGGCAUCUUCUUUGCAGUUAUAGUUACUCCGCCUUGUUCCACCUUCUCGAGAGCUGUGUGGGCUAAUGAUUUGGGACCGUUUCCUUUGAGGAGCUCCACAUAUCCGAGAGGCUUCCCAUGGAACAAGGGGGAGAGAUUCCACAAGGCAGAAUUUGGGACGAUUCUGGCGGACUUUUCAUUUGAAGCGCUGAAGCGUCAAUUUGCAUGCAAGAGGACAGUUGGCCUCAUGGAGCAACCGGAAGAUCUUGGGAGAACUGCCAAUGACAGGGUGGCCGGGCAUCAACCAGCUUCCAUGUGGCAGUUCGAGCAAUUUUCACAACUUCUUGAGAUUGAAGGAGAACAGACAGUGGUUUUUGCACAAUCAGAUUUUGGCACAGAAUCCCCAAAGCCGACAAGAUUCCUGAUGCGCAUCUAUGCACCGCUUCACGAUGCUAUGUAUGAAGGUUGCCCACAGUUUGACAGCCAAGGUUGGUACCUUGGCCCAUUGCCACGCCGAUCAGGGGGCGCCCCUCUGAUUGGCAAGGCAAACGGUCUCUUCAAGACUGCACAGUCCGGCUUUUGGAAAGGCCUAGAAGCGCAUUUCCAUGAUGGGGGAGGUCUGGCCUCUCCGGGGAGAUGGACUCCGAGGAUGAGAACGGUGCUGGAUGGCGAGGAAUGGGUCACUGUGAGGCGGCUCCUUUUGCUGGAGGCGGUGAGAGCACUUGGCAGUGUAGCAGAAGUAGAAAAGGAGGCUUUCAGGAUGGCGAAGGGCGGGGACUCCUUCAAGUUGGUCAGAGAUGAGAGGUUCUUGGAGAAGAUUAGAAACAUCCUGUCGGACAAGCUUGGCAUCAGGAAGCAGUAUGAACCAGAGCCUGGGCAACCCUUCUUCCUGGACCUCAUGAAGGGCAUACUGGAAAAACAGGAGGUCUCAGAGGGUCUAAUGGUCAAGAUGGAGGAGGAUGACUUCGUAGCGACCUAUGAUGCCAACCGGGCUGUAGCGGCCCUCGCGGUGCUGGUUGAAGAUGAGAUAUCUGGCAAGAAGCGUGUCAUCCAUGAUGGGACGCAUGGUGUGAUGGUCAACCACCGGAUCAAGUGUCGUGACAAGGUUAGAAUGCCUGGACCCCGGGAGAAGCGUGCAUUGCUGGAGGAGUACGGGGAGCAGCGUGCCACGGUAUUGUCGUUGGUUGGGGACUUCGCCAAGGCCCAUAGGAGGUUCAAGUACAUGGAGGACGAGCUCAGCUUCCUGGCCUGCAAGGCAUCGACAACAUCGACCACUGUUUAUGUGAACCAGGUGGGCACCUUUGGAGUGGCAUCGACGCCAUAUUGGUGGGCACGACUGAGUGCUGCUUUGAUGAGGCUCGUAUAUUGGGUCCUGGGUUGCACCUUUCCCAAUGAUACGCUCCUCUAUGCGGAUGACCUAGAAGUGCUUGCAAUAGGCCGGGAUGGGAGGAUUGGAGGAGUUCUUGCAUAUGCUCUCAUGGCGGCCCUGGGUGCACCAUUCAAAUGGGCGAAACAGAGAGGCGGGCUCGUUACAGAGUGGAUUGGGCUCACUACAGACUACAGGACGCUCUCCAUGGGUCUUUCACAGAAAAGAACAGCCUGGAUCAUCGGCUGGAUAGGUUCUCUGCGGGCCAGAAAGGAGGUCUCGUACCAAGAAUUUGCAGCCGGCCUUGGAAGACUAGGCUUUGCUGCUUUGGCGUUGCCAUGGGAAAAGCCUUUCCUGGGCCCUCUGUACGCCUGGUCCUCAGCGAUCCAAUCGAACAAGGGGGCAAUGACGAUCCCGUGGUCGGUCUUGUUCAUCCUCAGCUGGAUUUCAAGGAGGCUUGAGACUGGAGGUCGGAUGGAGGAGGUCAGGUCGCCUUGCAGACGGUCUAGCAAUGCGUUGAAGAUCUGGACAGACGCUAAGGCCACGGAGACUUCGGCGUGGGUUGGUGGAUGGCUGCAGGAGAGCGAGGAUAGUAAAGAGUGUCGAUGGUUUUCACUGCAGCUACUAGCGACCUUGAUAGCAUUGAGGCUGUGGCUGAAGGGAGGAGGUGACGCGGCGGAGAUCCAUGCUGAGGCUUUUACCGACAACAAAGGGAAUUCCUUCAUCCUGCGCAAAGGCCUUUCUACCAAGUACCCGGUGACAGUUCUUGUGAUUGAGGUGGCCGAAACGCUCAGGAGGCUUGAUGCCUUCGCGACCCUUACUUGGGUACGAAGGGAUGGCAAUGUUCUUGCAGACGCUCUCACGAAUAAGGAUUUUAGCUCCUUUGACAUCAAGCACCGGGAGACCAUUGACGAAGCAGGUUUGCAAUGGUAUGUCAUGGAUGGGCUCCUCAAGGGGAGUGAAGAACUCUUCAACGAGAUCAAGGAGCACAAGCUUAGGAAGAAGGAAGCGAAUAGUGCUCCAAGCCGGACGAAGAAGAAGUCCGCCAAGUUUUUCAGCCGGUGGAAAUCCUGA